AGUGACCACAAAAGAAGAGUCUGCACGUUGUUUCCACCACCACCAUUCCUCAACUUUCUCACUCACUCACUCACUCCUUCACUCGUUCUCGACACAAUCCAGAGGGAAAAAUGUUCGCAUCAGCUUCCUCCCAAUUACUGUUAAGAGUCCAGUCACUGCAUUCCACGGAGCCAAUGGCGCACUCACUCACCCUCUCGCGCUUUCCCGCCACCACUUCCUCCUCCUUUCACCGCCACCACCAUGCCGUUAAACCCCUAACUCUUCGCUCCGUCGCUCGCCGUUUAAAACCCGCACUCAUCAGAGCCUGUGAUCGCUCGCAGCAGAUUGGUGGCAAUGGAAGUAAAGCGGCGGGAGGAUUGAGUUGGCUGGAACCCAUUUUGAAAUUUGCUAGGAGCAACGUUCUACCUUUAGCUCUGAUUAGUGCAGUGACAUUAGGAUUAACAUAUCCUAGUCUUGGUUGUGCUGCUGAUAAAUUUAAUGUGUCAAAAAUUGGUCCGUUUGGAAUUUUUGUGAUCUCAGGAUUGAUGUUGCGUAGUGAAGAAAUUGGUGCAGCUGUAGAAGCAUGGCCUGCUGGACUCUUUGGGCUUGUGUCUAUUUUAUUUCUUACACCAUAUUUUUCCAGGAUAAUAUUGCAAAUUCAGCUCCAACCCCAGGAAUUUAUUACAGGGCUGGCUAUAUUUAGCUGUAUGCCAACUACAUUAUCAAGUGGUGUCGCACUUACCCAGCUUGCUGGGGGAAAUUCUGCGCUUGCUCUUGCAAUGACCGUAAUAUCCAACUUGUUAGGAAUAAUGAUUAUUCCACUUUCCAUCACAAAAUUUGUAGCUGCUGGAGUUGGAGUAGCUCUACCUAUCAAGCAAUUAUUUAAAAGUCUAGUUCUGACCAUAUUAAUCCCCCUUAUCUUGGGAAAGGUUCUACGUGAAUCUUUCAAAGGUGUGGCUGACUUUGUCGACAAAAACCGCAAGCUUUUCUCACUAAUCAGUGCGCUUUUCCUUAGCAUUGUACCUUGGAUACAGGUCAGUAGGUCAAGGCCACUGCUGUUAAUGGUGAAGCCCAAUGUGUUUCUCAUGGCUAUUGGACUGGGAACACUUCUUCAUCUGUCUUUAUUGGUUUUCAAUAUCAUUGCUGUCUCGAGUCUCUCGGUUAUCUCUGGUGGUAGAAACUCAAUUUUUUCUCGAGAAGAAAAUGCCAGUGCAGUCGUACUUGUUGCAAGCCAGAAAACAUUACCAGUGAUGGUAGCAGUGAUAGAGCCACUUCAAGGUGCAUUUGGAGAAUCUGGGUUACUUGUUCUUCCUUGUGUUGCAGCACACCUCAACCAGAUUAUUGUUGACUCUUUUAUCGUUAACUUCUUGCGUUCCCGAGACAAUUCCAACAAUGUCAAGGUGGCUUAAACAGAGGAAAUGUGGGUCAUCAUCCAUGUUUGUGGCAUAUCGUGAAGCAUAUCGAAGACGAAAUCACUUGCUGGUAGAUUUAUUUAAUCAUAGAUUAUUUGUUUACAUUUUUCAAUUUUAUACUGAUUUAUGUUAAUUUCAUUGUUUAAUAAAGAUAAUUUUCAUAAAGAAAA